AUGGAAGCCGAGGCGACGUCCGUCCCGGAUGUGUCUGCCGUGUAUGCCGCCGCAAUGGGCGCCGCGGCCGCCGCUACGCGCGGAAAGCGGAAAGAGGCUCCCGUGAUAGGAUGCUUGCUGAGCCUAGGAACUCCGUCGGGGCUUCUCAUUGCCUCAGCGAUUGAGCGGGCGGUGAGGGAGGUGGAGGCAGCAACGCGUGUGCGGAUAGUGCUGCGCAUGGCCAAUGCCAGUGACUCUGACCCUUUCCAGGCCGAGGCUGCAGCCUUGCAGCUGCUGCUGACGUCACCGCAGCCACAUGUGCUGCUAGGACCGCCCACGUCUCUCCAGGCGUCCAUUGUGGGACCCAUCGCCUCUGCUGUCCAGGUGCCUCUGCUGUCGUACGCGGCAUCGGACCCGCUGCUGAACGCGAAUGCGCAGCUGCCAUACUUUGUGCGCAUGCACUAUGACGACCAGGCGCAGAUGACCGCUGUCUCAGACAUAAUAUCAUAUUACAACUGGACGCAAGUGGUGGCGUUGUUCGAGAGCACCGACAGUGCAUGGAACGGUUUCCAGACUCUUACACGCCUGCUGCAACAACAGGGCACGGCACGAGUGGUGGCGUCGUGGCAGUUUGACAGCGGCGUGAGCAACGUGGAGGACGUGAUGAAGGCGCUGCUGCAGGUGCGGUCGGUGGAGGCGUCUGUCUUCGUGCUGCACCUGCAGAACGAACCCACCAUCCGCCUCCUGCUCAAGACCGCGUCACAGCUGGGGCUGUUCACGGAGGGGUAUGUGUGGAUAGCGACGGCGGGCGUGAUGUCUCUGCUGGCUGCUGAGCCGCGCCUCUCCAGUACCCAGGCCUCCUGCGAGGGCAUGAUAGGCACACUGCCCUUUGACGUGCCCACGCCGCAUCGGGAGGAAACUGUCAAGGCCAUCUCUGGCGUCGCCAAGCUCACUCCCUCCCUGCUGCUCAGCGAAGCAGAGGGGUACCGCCAGGCGCUGUACGCGUACGAUGCAGUCAAGCUCUUUGCCGCUGCUCACCUCGACACGCUCCUCCACCCCCCCUCACCGCCCCCGCCCCCGUCACCUUCUCCCCCCUCCCAAGGCAACUCCUCCUCCCCUCCUGCUCCUCCUGCUCCGCCCGCCGUCGCUGGGGGGGGUGUCAUUGAGGGCUUUCAGCAGCUGAAGAUCCGGCAAGGUGGUGAUGCUCUUCUAGCAUCCAUCCUUUCAAGCAACAUGAGCGGCGUCACAGGAGAAGUGUCGUUCACAUCAUCUGGCGACCUGCAGGAGCAGUUCUUCCGCAUUGCCAACAUCCAGUACGGCAUCCGAACCAUUGGCUUUUACCAUUACCGAGCCAACACCACCAACACCACCGCUGCUACCACUCCCACCAACACCACCGCUUCUAACACCACCGCCGCUGCUGCUCCUGCUGCUCCCAGUGCCGCCUCUCCUGCCCCUGCUCCUGCUCCUGCUCCUGCUGGUGCAGCUGCAGCUCCCUCGCCUGGUGCUGCUGGGAACGCCAGUGCUUCAGCUGUUUCGCCCUCCUCCUCGCCCACACCUGCGUCCUCCAAUAGCGCUGCAUCUCCCGCUGCUGUUGUUGCCCAAGGCCUCGUGUCUAUCGAACAGAUGGCUCAAGUACUUGUUUCCAGGAAGCUCACAACCCAAGCAGCAGCGCUCGCAGCAGUGAAAUCGAGCAGCACGCAAGCAGGGCAGGACGGGGCUGGAACGUCUGUGGGCGGUUCUUCUGGUGUGCUGCGAGACGUGGUGUGGCCGGGGGGGACCAAGACCGAGGUGCCUGUCGGCUCGUUCCCAAAGAGCUCUGCACCACUGCAGAUUGCAGUGCCAGUCAAACGGGGCUACCACCAGUUUGUAUUCGUGGGCGAUGCGCUCUCCAACUCGUCGCGCUCCAACGAGAAGUUCUCCGGGUUCUGCAUUGACGUCUUCAAGGCUGCCGUGGCACUGCUGCCGUACAACCUGCAGUACCAGUUCGUGGCGUUUGGGGACGGCCUCAGUGAUCCUGAUUACGACACCAUGGUCGCUGCUGUCGCCAACAAGACGUACGAUGCAGCAGUGGGGGAUAUCACCAUCACAGCACAGCGAGCGCAGCUAGUCGAGUUCACCCAGCCCUUCGAGGCAUCAGGGCUGACAAUGAUCGUCCCGGUGCAGCAAGCACCGCCAGACACGUGGGCGUUCUUCCGGCCGUUCACCCCGGGCAUGUGGGUGCUGCUCUACUUCUCCUUCUUCUACACCGCGCUCGUCGUCUGGUUCCUCGAGCACCUGCAGAACGACGACUUUGGAGGCAAGCUGCACCAGCAGCUCGCCACCAGUGUCUGGUUCUCCUUUUCCACGAUGACCUUCUCUCAAGAGGAGAACGUGAAGACGACGCUGGGGCGUAUAGUGGUGAUAGUGUGGCUGUUCGUGGUCUUUGUCAUCUCCUCUGCCUACACCGCCAGUCUCUCCUCUGUGCUCACCGUCAGCCAGUCCGAACCCACCAUCCAGGACUUCCAAUCGCUGGUGGUGACAAACGAUGCAGUGGGGUACCAGCGCGGUUCCUUCUCCUUUGAAUAUCUUCGAAGCGUGGGGAUCAACGAGUCGCGGCUGGUGGCGCUAUCAGACGAGGCGGAGGUGGACGGGGCGUUGAACCGCACGGACGUGGUGGCGAUGGUGGAUGAGGAGCCCUACGUCGACAUCUUCCUCUCCGACUACUGCGCCUACAGCAAACCCUCCCACUCCUUUGCCACCUUCAACCUCGGCUUUGCGUUUCAGAAGGGGUCAUCGCUGGCCAACGACAUGUCCAUUGCCAUAGAGGCGCUCGCUCAGAACGGCCAGCUGCAGUCGCUGCACGACCUCUGGCUGCACGGCAAGGGCACGUGCAGCAGCGGGCCGUCACUGCAGUCAAUCCGCCUGGGCCCAGACUCCUUCUGGGGGCUCUUCCUGCUCUACGUCGUCGCAGCAUGCGGGGCAUGCCUUCUCUACGUCGUGCUGCUUGUUUACCGCGGACUCAAGGCCUUCCAGCAUGCGCGCCAUAGCCAUGCCGACGAGAGCGAUGAGCACACCACCCCCGUUGCUCCCAUGCCCAAGCCCAAGCGCCUCAAGAGCCACGUCAGGCAUUACAAGAGCGCCUACACUGCUGGUGUGGAGUGGAGCAUGCAGAGGAACAUGGGGUACUCCACACGCACACCUGCAGGGGUGCUCAGCAGCAGUGAUCUGUCCAAGUACGACGUAUCCAGCCUCGACUUCUCGGCCCACCACUCUUCGGGACCAGACCCAAGUCGCAGGGAGGAAGUUGAGGGUGAUACUGUGGGUGUGUUAGCUCCAGGACAUCAGAGCCCGGUACAAGCCGCCCCAAGUCACCACACGGCAAUCAUCAUGGGUGUCGAUUCCCCCCGUCGCACGUUCCUCUCCUCCCCCGCAACAGUCAAGCCUGGCGGAAACCCCGCGUACAAGGCCCCGGGCAAUCUCAUCGCCGCGGCCGCUCUUUCCGCUUCCGCCUCCGCGGCUUCCGCGACGGCUGCCGUCGCGCCUCCGCCGACUUCUUCCGCCCCCGGCGCUUCUCCGCUCGCCGCGGGCCUGUCCCCGCACCGCAAAGCUUCCCCGAGCGCCCUUGCGCUGAUGAUGAUUCGGCGGGAGGCAGCAGCGGCUGGCGAUGUUGCUAAAAACGCGUCCUCCUUCCUCUCUCCCCGAAAGAACAGCAGCGGCGCCGCCGCCAACGGCACCAACGGCGCCGUCGCUCCGGAUGGAUUGUCCUACGCGACGGCCGACGCCGCGACGGCCGGAUUCGUGUCUCUGAGUCUGGGCGACUCGGAGGUCGGACACAGCGGCGCGCGCAGCCAUGAAUCUCCUCUCUCUAGAGGACGCCCAGAACUCGAAAGCGCCACCGCCGCCUUCCACGCCGCAACCGGCGGCCGUGCUGAACGGGAGCGCCGGAUCGCCUCUCCUGAAACGCGUGGGGUGCGCGUGGUGCGGCCCGAGGACGACGCGGACGGCAAGGCGCUGCGCGCCAAGCUGGUGGCGCUGGUGCCGUUCCAGAAGGGACAGCUGAUCGCCAAAAUCGAAGGCGUCUCCUGGGACGUGCCGUGUAGCUACAGCACGGUGCAGUACGGUGCGCAGCGGCACCUGGAGCUCAACUCCGACUUGGUGUACAUGAACCACAGCUGCGACCCGAACGUGGCGGUGAGCGUGGGCGCCAUGGAGGUGCGCGCGCUGCAGGCGAUUCCUGUGGGCGCUGAGCUCACCUUCUUCUAUCCUUCCUCCGAGUGGGAGAUGCAGCAGCCCUUCACGUGCUGGUGCGGCUCUGAUAAGUGUGUGCGGGUGGUGGCGGGGGCCAAGUUCCUGACGGUCGACAAGCUGAGCCAGUACUUCGUGAACGCGCACAUCCGCGACAUCAUCUGCAACACGCUCUCCUCCAAGCUGCCCAAGCAGCACAGCGCCGUGUGA